CUAAACAAGCACACACAUUAUACUCUCCACAUUCACACUCAAAAGUUAUUCUUUCCUUCUUUGCGUUCCUCAAGCACAUGAGUGUUGGUGAAGAAACAACACGAAAACAUCAUCAACAAAACAAUGGAGAGCCAGGAUCAUCUUUCACCAUCCCACGUGGACGUAUCUCGACCGUCCCUCGGUUUCCCCUUAGGCACUGCACUUCUCUUGAUCAUCAUUUUUAGCUUGAGUGGCAUCCUCUCUUGUUGUUACCAUUGGGAUAAACUCCGUUCCCUCCGUCAAUCUUUCUCAGAUUCCGAUCCUCAAAUUGAUUCAACCAAUAAAUCUAAACUUCACUCCACCGAAGAGAAGCAAAACAGAGGAGAAAGCUAUUCGGUGAUGAUGCCGGGAGAUGAUGUGCCAAGAUUCAUAGCGAUGCCGUGUCCGUGUCAGCCUUCGCGGCCGGAAAAUAUUGUUGUGACGGUUGUGAAACCGCCACCACCCAUGAAGCCACCGCGAUUAGCUAUUCCUAUGUAUUUGUAAAUAGUUAGGUAGAUGGUCAAUUAGUGGAUUUUGAUGCCAUUCCAUUUAAUUUAAUCCUUGUGUUUUUUUGUAUGUAAUUAUUUAAGAGCUAUAAAUGGUUUAUAAAUUUUUA